AUGUCUAGAAUCGACUUGGCCUGCAGCCACAUCGCAGUGUGGCUCGCCUGGGCAGCUCUCUUCGUUCUCCUCGGGGCUUUCCACUACCAUCCCCAGGGCACCCUCGGCAACAUUGCACUGGUGCUCCAAACCACAACAGCGGUCCUGUUCACCAUCGACCUCCGCGACGCAAACGAGGAGCAUCGGAGACUGGAACAGACGCCCCCGGCGCAGGGCACUGUGGACACUCUGGCGACACCCAGUGAAUGGUAG